CAUUAUCUCUUUCCCUCUCUGCUCUCAACCACCGCCACGUUCUCUCCUUCCGCUCCUCCCGGGAGGACGAGGUCGGGCGCCUCAUCCGCUCCAUCUUCACCGAGAGCGGCGGCGGCACCGCCGCCUUCAACCUCGCCCGCCGCCGCCGCCUCGCCCGUCGUCGCGGCGCUCGCCCGCCGCCGUCGCCAUUUCUGAUCCGUUCUUGUUUCAGAGCUUGCACCCGGCGGCGAAGUACCACGACGCUGCGAUGGCGAUCGGCGGGUGUCCGAUCUACGUCAGCGACAAGCCGGGGAACCACAACUUAGAACUGCUUAGGAAGCUCGUACUACCCAGCGGCUCCGGGCUUCGGGUGCGCCUCCCCGGCCGCCCCACCCGCGAAUGCCUCUUCUCCGACCAGGCGCGCGACGGCGCGAGAUAUGGAAUCUGAACAAGUGCGGCGGCAUUGUCGGGGUGUUUAAUUGCCAGGGCGCCGGGUGGUGCAGGGUGGCCAAGAAGACGCAUGUGCACGAUGCGGCGCCCGGAACGCUCACCGGCGCCGUGCGCGCUGACGACGUCGACGCCAUUGCGCAGGUCGCCGAUGAUGGCGACGGCGACGACGGCUGGGAUGGGGAGGCCGUGGCGUACAUGCAACGGGCGCGUGAGCUGGUCCGGCUGCCGUGCGACGCCGUACUGCCGGUGACGCUCGGGGCGCUCGAUUACGAGGUGUUCCACGUCUGCCCCGUCCGCGCUAUCGCAAUGGCGCCGGGAGGCACCGUCGUUGCGUUCGCGCCCGUCGGGCUCCUUGACACCGUCGACGCCACCGCCGCCGCCGUGGCGCUCAGGGUGCAUGGUUGCGACCAUUUUGGCGCCUACUUCUCGCGGAGGCCGGCGAGGUGCACGCUCGAUGGCGCCGACGUGGGGUUCACCUACGACGGCGACACGAGGACAUGCUCACAGAGGGACCCGCGUCGGAUUAAUUUGAGCCAAGGGAAAACUGGUCUUUAAUGAUUAUUUCUCUCUCCUAUUCCUCCAAAAAUAAUAAAAUAAUCUCACCGGUGUCCAGCAGCUAA